AUGCGGGCCGUGGCCUUUGCGGUCGCCUGCGCCUGGCGUGCCCGGGCAGGCCCUCCGACGGAAGCAUUCAUGGUCACGGCGCCCAUGGCUUCGGGCGGCUCGGAGAUCGACAUGACCAUUUGGCAGACGGCAUUCACAUCGUCCACUUCGAAGACCCACGAUUCCCAUGCGCACGUGAACGUGCAUCUGGUCAAGGUUUCCAACCCUUUCGACCGCGUAGCGGUGGUGCCCCCGCUUCCCGGCGGAUGCGGAACGAUUUCCUACGUGCCGGACACGGCGGCGUUGUACAAUCCCAGCUGCAUCUUGGCCACGGACGCUGGUUACUAUAAUUUGAUCGACACGAUCCAAUGUAUUGGCAACGUUGUAAGUGAUGGCGGGAUCCAUUACACUGAGUCCAUGAAUACCACCAACGCGAAUUUCGGAGUCCUCAAGAACGGUAGCUUCGACAUUGGUUAG